UCAAAGAAUCGACUGAAAUCGUUAUUGAUGCCGUCAAGGCUACGACAAAGGAAACAAAGGAUUACUGUGCCAGUGUUUGACCAUAUCAUUUAGCUCAGUAGGUUUUAAGUUCGUUCAUCCCCUUUGAAACCAUUCACAGAUUGUCUUUUAUCAAGUCCCAAAUUGUUCUCGCUGUUUUCUGCAUCUUACACGAAGUAUCUCUCAUACAAAUAUCCAAGAUGGCGGCCUUGUGGAGAGGAUAUCUUCGACUUUUGGAAACUCAUACGUUCAAAGUACAAGUCGCUAGCGCAGGCGUACUUAUUGCGAUCGGCGAUUGUUGUUCUCAACAGAUAGUCGAGAGACGUGGCCGACAGCACGAUUUUAAGCGAACGCUAGGGAUGGCGUCGAUAGGGAUAUUCAUAGUUGGUCCAGCGAUGCGUUAUUGGUAUAUACUGCUGGACAGCGUUAUCAAGGGCUCGCGAACCGUCGAUGCUAUGAAAAAGGUGGCCAUGGAUCAGACCAUUUUCGCACCGUGUAUCAUCGCGACCUUCUUCGGAACGACCAGUCUACUUUUCGGCAAAACGCAAGCGGAAAUCAAGGCAAAGUUUGCGAAUCAAUACUUCGAUACAUUGAAGACCAAUUACCUUAUUUGGCCGCUGGUACAGACGAUAAAUUUCAACUUUGUUCCUCUACAACAUCGCGUGUUUGUCGUCAACUUUGUCGCGAUAUUUUGGAACACGUAUUUGUCGUGGGCCGCGAAUAAGGAGGAGGUUGAUGACGAACAUAUUAAAAUUUGAACAAUUCGAAACAUCGAUUUAGACCGUGUUUUUUGGACGAUAUAAUUUUGAAAUUGAAAGCGUAUAAGAACCACUAUAGACAAAUUUAAGUAAAGAAAGAUUUGGAUUAAUAUAGACUAAUUUAUGUAAAAAUAAA